AUGGUCACAUCAACUAUUAUACACACACACUGCAUGAUAGGGACCUUCAAGAUAGUUGGUAUGUUGAUAAUCAAGAAUAAGCAUGCCUACCUACACAAGACGUUUCCAUUUGUACUUUGUUUACUGUCAAUCUCCAUAGCCUUGUCGUCAACUACAUGUGCAGAUGGGUGGUAUUCCUUUGAGAAAAAUUGUUAUAAAUUUAGUAACCAGAGUCUUUCCUUGAUUGAUUCACAUAACUGGUGUACCUCUAAGAGUUCGACUUUAGUGUCGAUAUCAUCGAAUGAGGAAAACGAAUUUAUCGGAAAUAUAGACAGUGGCGACGACAAGUGGAUUGGACUGACAAAAAUUAACGGAACAUGGCAGUGGAUAAAUGAAGCUGAACAAUCCAGCUAUCGUAAUUGGGGUGUGUAUCAGAAUCCUCAUUCAAGCUGUGCCAUUAUUUCAAGUGCCGGUAAUAACUUCUGGCAUCCAACGAGUUGUAAUUAUAGUAUGCGUUUCGUAUGUGAAGCAGAUGUGAUUACAACCCUUCCUACUACAACUGAUCGAGACGACAGCACUGCAACAACAAAUACGAUGAUCAGAGGGUACCGAGGAUGCUUUAAGGAUGUGACGUCAGACAGAGCAAUGCCAUAUGGAUAUUUCUACAGCAAUAAUAUGGAGAUAGACGUCUGCAGACAACAUUGUUAUUAUCAAGGCUAUCCGUACGCUGGUUUGGAGUUUAGCAGGGAAUGUUUUUGUGAUGAUGACACUUAUGACGUCCAUGGUAUACGCACAGAGUCUUCAUGUAAUAUGGCAUGUGUGGGAAACUCAGGAGAAAUAUGUGGCGGUCCUGACCGACUUUCUGUAUACUCCUCUGGACCAGACACAACAACCAUACCAGUACAGCCGAAAACACGCCGAGAAAGUACGACUAUUGAAUUAACCACAUUACAGCUGACAACCAGCGAAGAACCAACGACUAGCCCUACAGAAGUAGACACAACAGCCCUACCAGAACAGCAAAAAACAACCCAAGAAAAAACGACUAUCGAAUUUAUUAGAUCAACUUUAGAGUGUCCAACUGGCGAAAACAACAUCAUCACGACGACGAUUCUAAUCAAUCCCGGCAAUACAGACGACAAAGCGGAUAUUUCAGAAGAAAUUGCAAAUCUAGCAAAGAAUGUCACUGAAGAAAAUGUGGAAUACGUUGCAGUUGAGCUGGAAAGAAUUACAAAUGCAAAGGUUGAAUCUGAGGGGUUGAUACCUGCUGAAAUUAACGAGAUUUCCUAUGCCCUGGAAAGUAUCGCACAAGUUGAAUCAACAGACCCAAAAGUUACAGACGCAGUCGUCGAUAUAGUGGGCAUGGUACUCGCCUCUGAUUCAUCACAAUCUGAUCUACCGCCAUCAACGACAGCUUCAAUCCUCGAAUCAUUCGAACAGCAAAUUAGCACCAUCGCUACUGAUGGCCAGGAUUAUACUAAGAACGAACAUACACUUUCUGUGCGGACUAUAAGUUUUGAUCCAAAUGAUGUCCAAUCUGAUGUUGUAUUUUUGGUUAAUCAAAACGAUAAAAUGACUGACGUAUGUGUUGAUGAGGAAUGCCGGCCAAUCAAUGCCAAACUCGAGUCAAUAACCAUCCCAAAAGCCAUUCUAUCCUUCACAAUCGGUCAAAUGACAAGUACAAGCUUCGUAUCCUACUAUAACCCAGGUCUGUUUCAAUCAGCAAUGUCGAACUUCAAGAUAUCUGACGUUGUUUUGUCAGCUACUAUACAUGAUACAAAUAUCCCGGAUGUAUUCGAUGAAGCUGUCACACUUGUAUUUACAACACCAGUGAAUAUGUCAAAGAUGAAAGCUUCGUGCAUGUUUUGGAAUAAAUCCUUAAACGAAUUCGGCGAUUGGUCCAGUAAUGGUUGUAAACUUACAGAAACAGAUGAGGACGGCAGUAUAACAUGUGCAUGCACACAUCUGACAAAUUUUGCCGUCUUAUUCUUUCCAAAUGAUGUCGCUCCUGGUGUGGAGAGAUUUCUUGAUCUGGUAACCUACAUUGGCUGUGGAAUGUCACUAAUGUGUCUCACUUUGACAAUCGUAACUAUUUUGUUCUCCAAAAAACUUCGAACCAGCCAGCCACAGAUAAUAAUGAUGAAUCUCUGCGUAGCUUUGUUUUGUUUGUACCUGAUUUUCAUUUUUGGUAUCGGGCUAGCUGAUCAAGGAACCACUGCGUGUAAAGUAGUGGCGAUAUUUGUACAUUAUUUUUUACUAUCGUCGAUUGCCUGGACCGCAGUGGAGGCGACGAACAUGUAUUAUUUAGUUAUAAAAGUAUUUGACUCUCCGAAGUCCACAUUUAUGUGGAUUGGUGCAGCCUUGGCUUGGGAUGCUACCAAAUAUCAUUAA